CUGUUGUUCAGUGUGGCUCAAGCUCAGCAGUGUGGAAUGUUCUAACUUGUAUUAGUUAUGGCCUCGCCCCAAACAAAUUUGAAGAAAGAUAAGAAAGACGAGGGUUUCUUAGAGAAACUGGGAACGCUAGCCCGAAAGAAAAAAAUUAAAGAAGUGAGUGAGUUAACUGAGGAAGGCUCCAAGGCAAUUGAUGCUGGGGCCAGCCCUACAAAGCCGGAUGUCUCACCAGAGGAUUACAUACUAGAGGAGAAUGAGGAACGGUCUUUAGUGCAGCCAAUUUGUAGAGAAGACCCAAGACUCAAGCAGCUAAUUCAGGUGCUGCUCGACUGGGUGAACGAUGAGCUGGCAGCAUUUCGCAUCAUUGUACAGGACAUUGAGGGUGAUCUCUACGACGGCCAGAUCCUGGGAAAAUUGCUAGAGAAGUUGGCUGAUAUCCGACUGCCAGUGGCAGAGGUGACACAGAGUGAGAAGGGACAGAAAGCGAAGCUGCGAACUGUACUAGAGGCAGCGAAUGAGAUUCUCAACCUGCCGAGGUGGAACCAGCAGAAGUGGAGUGUUGAAAGCAUUCAUCAGAAGAAUCUGGUCUCGAUUCUUCACCUGUUGGUGGCACUUGCCCUGCAUUUCAAGGCGCCGAUACGCUUGGUGGAGAAUGUCGUCAUUCAGGUGGUGGUCGUGCAGAAGCGGGAUGGCAUACUGCACACACGCACAGUGGCCGAGGAGAUUACAGGCAGUGACGAACAGCCUGGAGCCAAGUUUGAGCGAGAUGCCUUUGACACCUUAUUUGACCAUGCACCAGACAAGCUGAAUGUUGUAAAAAAGUCCCUUGUUACCUUUGUGAACAAGCAUUUGAAUAGGAUCAACUUGGAAGUCAAUGAUCUGGAAACACAGUUCCACGAUGGUGUGUACUUAGUACUGCUCAUGGGAUUGCUGGAAGGUUAUUUUGUUCCACUUCACAGCUAUCACCUGACCCCCGAGUCAUUUGAUCAUAAGGUACACAAUGUCUCUUUUGCAUUUGAACUCAUGAUGGACUCUGGGCUUCCAAAGCCUAAAGCAAGGCCAGAGGACAUUGUCAAUAGAGAUCUCAAGUCUACCCUGCGUGUGUUGUACAACCUGUUCACCAAGUACAAGCAAGUUACGUAAAACUUACAUAUGAUCGUUUGCAAAUUGGCUUUUAUUUGCCAUCUAUUCAAUGAUUCAAUUAUGAGUUAUGAAUAGAUGCAAAGUGCAAUGUCGUGCCUUGCCCUUCUAGGUACUGUUCGAUGGCAAGUAUUACCAACAUGGCAGUGAAUAUAUUAGGGAUAAAAUAUAUCUAGCAGGAUUAAUCUCUCAAUAUUUCGAUGCAAUAGCUUCUCUCAAUAUCAUAAAAAUCAUGGUAUAUGUAGUUAUUGCUUGGAAGUCGACCAUUGAUAGGAUUGGGACCAACCAGGGAAAUUUUAAUAAUGAAUCUCCUUGUUUUAUAGGAUAACACAAUAAUAUAUUUUCUAAUAUGCUAUUAUCACACUA